AUGUCUGACCUAAUCACGGGCCUUGCGAGGCCGCAGAUAGUGGGCACUGUCAUCUGCACCAUCCUCAUGGCAAUUGGCAGUGCCCUCUUCCACCAAGUCUUGACAAAGACUCCGUUACCACCAAAGGCCCCAAAGCAAUGGACCAAGAAUGAUUGGCCUAUUGUGGGUGCAUGGCGCUUCUACAAACGUCGUCGAGAUAUGUAUCUCGAGGCGCAACGGUCGACUGAAACGGGCAACUUUAGUUUUUAUGUCGGCAAAAAGCUUAUCGUGGGAUUAAGUGGUUCCGAAGGGAAGAAGACAUUUUUCGACAACCGGGAACUAUCCAUUAGUCAGGGAAAUGCUGAUUUGUUGACCGGAGUUCCUGCCCCUGAGUCAAACGAAUUUUAUCAAUUAUUCACAAAAGUCCUCACGACUCUGCUCAGGACCCCAAAUUUGGUUGGUGUGCUGAAUCACUUCAAGGCCGAUUCACGCCGAGCGUUUGAUGGUCUUAUCGAUGCACCACUUGCCAGACGUGGCCAAGACUGGAGGGUGAUGAACCCAUUUGAUUUCAUGCAGAGACUGAUAUACCAACUCACUGUACGCGCGACCGGAGCACGAGAGGUUGCUGAGGACCCCAAGGUUCUGGAGUCUACCUUGCGGAUGAUAAGCGAAUUUGAGGGCAGGGCGAGCUAUACACGAAUCUACUUUCCUUGGCUUCCGACAAUAAACUACAUGAUUCAAAUGCUUAAUGGGAUCAAGAUGUACAUGAUAUUUGACAAGAUCAUCAAGGAUAGGAAGAAAUCGGGCAAGACUGUGGACGAUCCUUUUCAGAGACUUAUGGAUGAUGGUUUGAGUGUACAGGAUAUUGUGGCAUUCGAGAUAGCGGCACUCGUUGCCGGGCUUAUCAACAGUACAAUUCACGCUGCUUAUCUGCCAAUCUACUGGGCAACGAACUCGGAAUGCAAGGCCCGCGUUAAGGAAGAAGUUGAUGGCGCCGUUGCAAAAUACAGGGCAUCCGAGGACCAAUCACCAGCUGACGUGCUGGACACACUCAGUCUCGAUCAGUGGGAAACGGAAUUCAAAUUCAUAGAUCUCUCAUUGCGCGAAUCGAUCCGGCUCGGACAGCCCGGCACCGCCUUCCGCAAGAACACAACGAACAACAACAUCCCCAUCGGUAACACGGGAGAAGUCAUUCCUCCAGAUACUUAUGUUGCAUACUUGGUCGAUAAUACGGGUCUGAGUGAGGACAUUUAUCGCGAUCCACUAACUUUCAAUCCACGCCGCUUCGAAAACAAUGUUACCGAGGAGAUGAGACAGCCUCACUCGUACCUCGGCUGGGGUAGUGGACGACACAUUUGCCUGGGUAUGAGACUCGCUAAGCUUGAAGUAACAAUGGUAAAUGCCUAUCUGGUCUCCCAGUUUGACUUCGAACUGUCAGACGAGCACGGGAAUAGCAGGUCAGAGCCACUUGCCCCUAUAAAUAGAAAUCUUCACCAGUUCAACCGGCCGGCGGAGCCUGUCUACCUUCGUUACAGGUCUCGAGAAGUUUCGGGUUCAUCAGUACAAUAG